UCGAUGGGUAUUUUCCAAUGAUAGCAAAGGUGCCCUCGACUGCUGUGCGCACUCAGCUAGCACCGACCGGUGUGCUGCGGGCGGCCAUCAAUCUGUCCAAUUUUUUGUUGGUGGUUGAGCGAGAACCCAGCCCACGCGGACCGUCCCCGCGUCUCGCACAAGCCGUGGCGGAGGCCUUGGGUGUUCCGCUGCAGCUCGUUUUAUUCGAAACCCCGAGUGAGGUAGCCGAGGCUGCCAAGGACAAUGUCUGGGAUGUGGCCAAUAUCGGUAACGAACCCCAGCGUGCCGAGCACAUUGACUUUACUUCCGCCUACGUUGAGAUCGCUGCGACAUAUCUAGUCCGGAAAGGAUCCAAAUUAAAGACUGCUACGGACGUCGAUUGUCCCGGAAACCGGGUGGCUGUGAAAAAAGGUUCGGCUUACGGUUUGUGGUUGGAAAACAAUAUGAGCACCGCCGAGCUAGUCGCUUUGCCGGGAAGUGACGAUGAAGUAUUCGCCGCCUUUGCCGGACAGCACUUUGAUGCCCUUGCUGGCCUUCGACCGGGUCUUCUAAAACAACAAUUGAAACUUUCGGGAUCAAAAAUUACGGAGGGUCAUUUUACGGCAGUCCAGCAGGCCGUUGGUUUGCGGAAAGGAAGACCCGAAGCUUUAGAAUGGCUCCAGAAUUUCGUUGAAGAUGCCAAACGAGACGGAUUAAUCGAGAGUUGGAUCCAAUCGUAUGGACUACAAGGAAAGCUAUCAGUUGCACCAUUAGAAAGCCUUUGCCAAAGGAGCCUGUAGCAGAGCACAACACCCAAACC